GGAACGCUUGACAGCUAUAUAAAGAUGGCCGCCGGUCUCCAGAACAUUGUUGUGCUGGAACUUAGCUGGUGACAUGACGGCUGUGCGGUGCAGCAGGUGCAUAGUAGUGGUGGCGGCAUGCGUGCUGGCGGCGGCGCUGGUCUCCGCGCAGAUCACCUUCAGCCGCGACUGGACCGGAGGCAAGCGCGCCGCGCCGCAGCUGGCGCUCGACUGCGGACAGUUCACCAGGCUCUGCCGUCACUUCGUACACGAGUUGAAGCAGGCCCUGACGUCAGAAAUGGCGGCCAAGCACCACCAGGAACUCGACAAGCCGCCAUUGUACGACGAAGAGUAGCCACCGCACUUCAGCUGUUUACCACCAGAUAGAUGCCUGAACUGACGGCCCGAUCACACGACACUCCGAUUGGCUAGAGUUUAAGCACGACUGUUUCAUCCUACUAAUGUUUCCUGCCUUCUGAAAAAGUUUACAUCUAUUAAGUAGGUUUUACUCUUUUUUGUUUUAUUUUCAUAUUAUGGUAUUCUCAUUUUUUUUGGUGGCUUCAUACGAUACCCAUUGGGCUGUGCAAUGGGUAACAUAAUUGGGUUGCAUAAAAUUACGAAAAUUUUUUUUUUUCAUUGGUCAUUGAAUUAUGUCUAAUUUAAAAUUUAAUUUGUUAAUUUAUGACCGCCAUUUUGUGGGAAGUGGAGGAUUAUGCCACUCUUGGUCUAUGACACAUAAAAGUUUUAUUAUUUCAGAGCGGUUGCUAAGUUAAUUACUGAAGGCGCUUGGAUUAUUGUUUUAAAAUUGUUAUUUUUAUUGAAGUGAGGCUAUUUCCUGGUUUUAAGGAUUUUCAUCAUCAUAAACAUUUACUUUUGUGUUUUUGUGCCAAGAUGUCUCUGUUUAACUUAUUUUUUAUAGACUUAACUUCUAUCUAAGAAUCUAGUCAAUAUGCUUACGUGUGUAAAUUAAGUAGUUAGGUAUUAAUAGGUAUAAAAUGCGAAUUAAAUGCACGACGAUGUGAUGUAGCGCCGAAGGAUAUUUUGAUAGGAAUUAAACUGUAUAGCAUCUAAACAUCUCUGUAUAUUGUAUUGUAUGAUAAAUAAAUGAGAUUAAAAUCUUG